AUGCCCUCAGGGAAGACCAUCAAGCUCAUCCUGUACGAGGUGCUGCAGUUUGCAGCCCUCAGCGUGCCAGUCUUUGUUGUCAUGGAGAGAUUUGCUAGCCUCAUGAAUGACGUGAGAGGUAUGGAUCUGACAGCCUACUGGCUAGUGGUGGCGGCCUCCAUCGCCUAUGUGACCUCUGUGACUCUGCUGGUGUGGGUUCCUCUCAAAUACGCGAUCCUGAGGAAACGCAGGUUCAUCACCGAAAUCACACAGUGGAGACCCACCGCACUGGCCUAUCUCAUUCUGUGUACAUUACCGUGCUUUGCUAUUUUGAUAUCCAGCUCCAAGGUACAGAUGGAUAGAGGACACAAGCUUGACCACUUCACUGAGCUGCCUGUCUCCUUGGUUCUCUUCUCUCUCAUCUGUGUGGACAUCAUAGAGAGGAUUCGCCCAUGCAGGCUCACUGGACAGUCAGACAGCCUGGAUGCUGACCUUGACUUGCCGGGCCCCAUCCUUACCCACCUAGAACAGGUGACUACUGUAUCAGGCCAGGUGUAUCCUGACAGGGGCCAAAACGGGUCGACCCAAGGCUCGCCGGAGGCCAGGAAUGGCAGCACCACUGGGAGAUGGCAGGACAUGGAUGGAUCGCCCAGCCGCUCAACAGUCACCUCACGAGCACCCAGAACUGCCUACCUGUACUCCUCACCUUCACGCCCCCAGUUCUUCUCAGGCCCACUCCGCUUCCUGUGGGCCAGGGAUGGAAGGGCAGAGGUUCUCGUGGAUAGCUUCCUGUUUUGGCUGGACACUGUGGAGAUUGUGAGAGUGUCAGGAGAGCCAUCAGUCUUCUACUCAGGCUGGGUGUUCCCCAUCUACAUAUUAGCCUUCCUGUCUACUUUUAGGCUGGUCAUCAUGCCUCAGAGCCCAUUGUUAUCCUUUGCAGGAUUUGCUCUGCAGGAUUUUCCUUUUCUCAUCAUUCGAAUAGCCCUGAUUGUUGUGUUUGGUUAUGUAACGCCUGUGUUGUACCCGGUGAAAAAUCUACUGGUCUGCCUGACCUUUGUCUACUUCACAUUCCUGGCCAAGCUGAGGAUAUUCAGAGGGGAGAGCAUGUUCUGA